AUUUAGUAGAAAUUGAUGAAUUUAAUACUUCAACAUCUGAUGGAAAUUAUAGAUCUAAUAGUCCUAUAACCUUAAUGAAAACUAAUAAUUUAGUAAAUUUAAUAAAAUUAAUUGAAAUUCAAAAAAAAGAAUUAACUAAAAAUAAUUUAAUUGAAAUUAAUCAACAAUUUGUAGAUAUUAAA